AUGGCCAAGGCUCAUGUCCUGGUGCUGCCGCUCCCGGCGCAGGGCCACAUCACCCCGCUCAUGGAGCUCUCCUACCGCCUGGUCGACCACGGUUUCGAGGUCACCUUCAUCACCACCGAGGUGCACCACGCACUGGUGGUCGGCGCUCUGAGCGCGUCCGGCAGCGAGGUGGCCCUGGGCGGCGGCAUCCACCUGGCGUCCAUCCCGGACGGGCUGUCCAACGACGAGGACCGAAAGGACCUCAAUAAGCUCUUCGAUGCCAUCCCGCGCCACAUGCCGGGCCAUCUGGAGCAGCUCAUCGCCGGCUUGGAGGCGGCCGGGCGGCCUGCGGCGAAGUGGCUCGUCGGCGACGUCAGCAUGGGAUGGUCCUUCGAGGUCGCCAGGAAGUUCGGCAUCCGGGCCGUGUCCGUUUGGUCUGCGGCCACGGCGAGCUUGGCCUUGAAUCUAAUGAUCCCCAAGCUCAUAGAAGACGGACUCAUCGACGACAAGGGCUCGCUAAGGAGGCACGAGAUGUUCGAGCUCGCCAAGGGGAUGCCGCAGGUGCACACGUCGCAGCUGCCGUGGAUCAACGACAGCGUGCCCGAGGGGCGGCACAUCAUCUUCGACAUGGUCACCCAGAACAACAAGCUCAACGCCCUUGCCGAGAUGACGGUGGCCAAUUCCUUCCACGAGGCUGAGCCCAGCGCGUGUGGGCUCUUCCCCAACAUCCUGCCCAUCGGCCCGCUGUCCGCCGACAAGAAGCCCGUCGGGAACUUCCUGCAGGAGGACGGGAGGUGCAUCAAGUGGCUCGACGCACAGCCAGACCGGUCCGUCGUGUACGUGGCCUUUGGCAGCAUUGCCAUCCUCGAUGGGCGCCAGUUCAAAGAGCUGGCCGAGGGGCUGGAGCUCGCUGGCCGGCCGUUCCUGUUGGUAGUUCGCCCGGAUUUCAGUCCCGGCGGCCUGAGCAAGGCGUGGCUCGACGAGUUCCGCCAACACCUCUACGGCAGAAGAGGCAUGGUGGUCAGCUGGUGCUCCCAGCAGCAGGUCCUGGCGCACCGUGCGGUGGCCUGCUUCGUGUCGCACUGCGGGUGGAACUCGACCAUAGAGGGUGUGAGCAACGGCGUUCCGUUCCUGUGCUGGACCUAUUUCUGCGACCAGCACCUGAACCGGAACUACAUCACCAACCUGUGGAGGACCGGCCGGGCGGUGUCCCCCGACGUGGACGGGAUCGUGACCAAGGAGGAGCUGAGAAGCAAGGUGGAGCAGGUCAUCGGCGAUGCCGGUAUCAAGGAGAGGGCGCGGCUGUUCGCGGACGUGGCUCGCCAGAGCAUCAGCGAAGGGGGAUCCUCGUACGAGAACUUCAAAAGGUUUGUGAACCUGCUAAGUGAGUGAUGAGGAUCAAAAGCAUCGAGUUGAGUACCGCGGCGAGCUUCCUCUACGCUGCAAGCAAUCCUUCGGAGAUUCACAUGAAUGUGCAUGCGUGCCAUUGCGUGGUUCUAUUUUUGCAGUCGUGAAAUUGUGCACGACCUCGUGGAAAGCUCCCGCAGUGCUAUGUUGGGUUGAUCUCUUUCCUAAUAGACCCAACGGUCUAUUAGGACCUUGAUUUGCGCCCUGAUCGGGGGCGCCCAACCUUAAUGGUUGGUGGGCCCCCGCUGCACAGCGCUAAAUAAAGAGGGGUGAAGGGGCCGGGGCACCGUGACUGAAGUUCAUCGUGCCGCCAGUACCCUCUCCCACAUUCUAAACCCUAGCCGAUCUAGAGGGUGCGCUGGAGCAGCGGGAAGCUACACCACCGCCUCCAUCGACGUUGAUCAGCGACUCCACUGCCCCGCUCGUCGCUGCCUUAGAGCAGAUCGUCAUCAGCGAACCGGAGAUGGCCACCGGAUCGAGCUCAAACGCUGGUGGUGAUGGUCUCUCUCUCUACUCUCUCACUGCGUUCCUUCAUAUAUCGCUUAUGCAAUAGAUCUAGAGUCUUUUGCUCUUGAUGUAAAGAAAAGGAAAGAAAUCCUACUCGGUUUAUGCA